UCUGCCUGCAGGCAGCGAGUGAGAAGGGAGUGAAAAGGCGCUCGGAAAGUGCAAGCGGUGAAUCAGGUUGCUUCCGAUACGACUAGCAUCGUGCGUCCGUGCACGGGCUCGGGCAGGGGCGGUCGGCAUGGAUCCGUCAGCCUCCCAACAUGAAGCCGCUUCGCCUUCUCCCCUCUCCUGCUCUCCUGCUCUCUAACAUAUACAACAUACAACCUUGAACGACUCCAGAAACCUCUCAAAGGCACAGCUCUGCCAGCUCUGCCAGCUCUAUCCUCUCUUCCCCCCUCCCCCAACGACGCUCCUUCCCGCCCAACCUCGGCUCGCGCGUGCACCAUGGACUCGGCAGGCCGGCUGCUCAUGAACGAGUUCAAGACGCUGAGCAAGGAGACAUGGACCAACAUCGAGCUGAUCAACGAGAACGUCUUCGAGUGGAGCGUGGCCCUCAUCGUGCUUAACCCGGACUCGCUCUACUAUGGCGGCUAUUUCAAGGCCAAGAUGACAUUUCCGCACAACUACCCCUACAGUCCGCCUGACUUCAAAUUUCUGCGCCCGCUGUACCACCCCAACAUCUACCCCGACGGCCGGCUCUGCAUUUCGAUCCUGCAUGCGCCAGGCGAGGACGAAAUGUCGGGCGAGUCGGCCGCCGAACGCUGGUCACCCGUGCAGCGCGUCGAAACCGUCCUCAUCUCGGUCCUGUCCCUCCUCGACGACGCCGAAGUAUCGUCGCCCGCCAAUGUUGACGCCGGCGUCAUGCUGCGUAACAAGCCCGACCAGUACAAGGACAUGGUGAAGCGGGACCUCGAGACCAGCAAGCAGGACAUCCCCGCUGGCUUCGUCAUGCCCACGCACGAGAGCGCCUUCCAGACCAAGAAAGACGACGGCGAUUUCGACAUGAGCUGGGAAGACAGCGACGAGGAGAGCUUUGGCGGCUCCGACUCAGACAUGGAAGACGGGGAAAUGGAUUCAGACUUUGGGGAGGAAGAGGAGGAAGAUGAAGAGGAGGAUGAGGAGUAAUCUUCCGCUCUAUAUAUUUCCGCUUUCAGCGAGAUCCCCCAUCAUUGAGCGCGCGGCGUCUGGUCUGUCUGUUUUGUUCUUGGUCAGGGUCCGGGGGUACCAAGGGGUCGGUCCGGAGAUGGAGUUUCAGAUCCUGCCUCAUGCCUGCAUUUGAAUUGGCGUUCAUGGAGCACAGGAGUCAAGAAGAGCAUGCUUUCAGGAAUUGCAGAGUUAUCCCCUCAGUUCUAUUUCCCCCUCUCGCGGGUUUACUUCCUCUUGUCCUGGCAUUUAGCAC